AUGUCGCCGACACCUAUCCAGCCAGGACUCGUCCAUCUCAUCCUGCAAUAUAUCGCACCGCCUUCGCAGCUCAAUCAGCCUAUACCGCCGCAUCUUAUCUCCAAAUCCCUCCUUCAGAGACAUCACUUCCUUCAAAUCUCCCUAGAUGACCCGAAGGAGUACCUCUGCUGGCCUACGUCGCAAGGCCGUGCCAUAGACCUGCUUGAAGACUUGCCGCGGCAGUUGGAUGACGAGCCUGCCUCGUAUCCUGUACAUUAUACCUCGGAUGCAGAACAAGCAUACGCGCAUGUCGAACUGCCCUCGACUGGCUCUGACAAGGCUCGAAUGGUCUUUGAGUGGGACGAAGCCGAUGGGUGGAAGUAUCACGAUUUAGCUUUGAUGCCAUUCCCGCCUGGCAGUCGCGCGGCGCCACAGCAGCCCGACGACGUGAAGGAAACAAAAUAUGUUAAGCCCACCGUCCCGCUCGUUCCUGCGGCGGCCUACGUUGCUGAUGCGUACGGCGGCGAAGGCGAAGGCGACGACGAUUAUUGGAACGCGUACGGUUCGCAGGACGACGCUGCAUCAUUCAACGACGAUCCGUUCAUGGCUAGCAAGGAUGCGGAAGCAGGAACGGAAGAUGCCUAUUGGGCGCGCUAUUCUUCAGUUCAUGGUGAGUACCGCCGACUCUACUCGCCCUUCCCCCCUCCGCAGCCCAAACGCAAACUAUAUCCCACGGACCCUGAAGCCAACUCCGGGACCGACUCACCCAACCCACUUCCCGUCCCUGCUCGUUCUGAGUUGUAUCGCUCGCACGGAGACAUGCUACCCAUCUUUGGGUCCCUCGCUCCGCAUGGGAGUUCCAGAUGGGAUCCUGCCUCGCCUCGUGCCUUAGCCCAACUUCUUGCAGAAGUGCCGCCUCGAGCGACCCCUUCUCCGAGCCCACUUUCCACGUCAGAGACAGGCGAAGUCGACUCAGACAUCUCAUCGCCCACCGUCGGGGGGAGCAACGGAAGCGACGAAGGAAGCCCCGGUUAUAUUUCUGGCCUUGAAGAUAGGCCGUUAGCUGCCCCUCGUUCGUUGGCCAUGUGCACCGCUGCUGACAACGACGAAGCGGAGAUGGGGGCUCUACGUGAUGGCAUUCGGGGGAUCUGGAAGCUUUGGGAGAUGGGCCGCAAGCGUAGUGGCACCGCGACGCGCAAUGCGGAGCUGGGCACGCGGGUAGAAGAGCUUGAGCGUGAGCUGUCAGUGUGGAAAGCUGCGUUCAAGACUACAGACGAGGAGAAGAAAGUUCUGCUCAAGACGGUCUCGAGGCUCGAGCGGAGCAUUGGCUCAUUGAAGGCGGCCGCGCUCCUUACGAAAGGCCUCACGGACCACCUUACGAGCAUUGAUUCUCCGGAUGUCGGACGUGGGCAGCUCUGGCUUACCAUAUACUGCAACAAAACGGGCCUCCUGGAGACGUUGUCACAGAAUAAUGUCUGCGAUGCAGAACACUUCGAAGCCUUCAUCAUGGGCUUCAACCAAGCGUCGCCUUUGUUCUCCAUGGUAGACGUCGGGAGCGGCAAGGAGGCUGCUGAUGCCAAAAUCAAAGAGUGUCUGCGGGUAUUCAGUCGCUUCCCACAGACAUCCAAAGUAUUUUUCGGAGGUGCACACGACAAUGGGUACACAUCUACCCUCAAUUACCUGGCAAAUGAAGGCUUGCUCGAUAAGGUCAUCCUCUUGCGAGGCUAUAAAGAGCUCGCAUACGAAAUCAAAGGCCUGCAGCUGCCUCACAUCGAGAUUGAUGGUUUGUUCAUGAAGAAAAAGCUAUACACACAUCCAUCCAAGAAGACCAACAAUGCUCCAAGUAUCCCGGGAACCCCGUCUCAAACAUUCCAUGAUGUGGAGAAAACGCGUAGCAAAUCCUCGACGCCCGCAAAGCCGACCCCGCCGAAGAAAGUAAAGCAUCUGCCCGUUGAGCAGGCGCAGGAAGCACACAUCCAUAUACCGGAAAGUGUCUUCGAGACUAGUAACCGAUCAGGCGCUCCUCCAUCUAGUCCGUCAUCGGCGCCGACCGGUUCUGGUUCACAUAUAUCGCCUCUUGCGAGUCCAUUGAUGGAGAGCAUGAACGCGGCUCUUAAGGAUAUACUAGGGGACAUUACCAUCGUGCCCCCGGCCGUCAAGAGUGCGCCCAAGAAGCGGCGUGCGCCGAGAAAGCGCAAGGCAUCCUCUCCCGAGAGCGACGGCGAGAAUGGGGCGCAAGAGUCAGCGAAAAUACGCCGUGUCGUGGAGCCUGAGAAAAAAGGCGAGACCAAGGAAGGCAGUCCAGAGUCGACGGGAUCGCGCAGGAGUGGGCGCAACCGCGACAAGUACAGUGCCGAUCAGUCUGACCAGACAGGCCUUACUCUUGUUAGCGUGCAGGCCGGUCUAAACGAGAUCGAAGCCGAGUCCAGGUCGGUUAGCAAUCGCGUACACGACCCAAAAGUGUUCGGCGCGAUACCUGGAAUCAAGGUUGGUACAUGGUGGAUGACCAGAGAAGAAUGCAGCAUAGACGCGGUCCAUGCACCCUGGGUGGGUGGUAUUUCAGGUGGCCGAGACGGCGCGUGGUCAGUGGCCUUGUCUGGGGGCUACGAAGAUGACGUAGAUCUCGGAGACGCGUUCACGUACACAGGUGCAGGUGGCCGCGAUCUUAAAGGGACGAAGACUCAACCGAAAAACCUACGUACUGCCCUCAGAGCUCCCACCAGUCUUUCGAGAAUAGGCUGA